AUGAGCGUUAACAUUAUUGACGUUGGUGUCAGCAGGAUUCUGGGUGCGAGAGAAGAUCAAGAAGACCGUUAUGUUACUUUGACGCCGGGUUCAAUCAAAGCUCGGAAAGAACUCGCUGUCUUUGCCGUAUAUGAUGGACAUGGGGGUACAGAAACAGUAAACCAUGUUGCAGAGCAUCUGCAUACACACCUGGAACAGCACAUCGCCAUCCAAAAGCCGUCCAAUGUAGCCGAGUAUAAGCACGCGAUACAAGGAGCUCUGCUGGCUGUCGACCGCGAUCUAGACCACGCCAACCUAGACGGGGGCUCAACCGUGUCUCUCGUUCUCAUCGACACAAAGCAGAGCUUGCUCAUACAAGCGAACCUAGGAGACAGCCACGUCUUCUUCGCAGACCACGAGCCCCAAUCCCCACAAUCGCUAUCACCCCAGUCCCCCACGCGCGUCGACUCCGGCGUCAGCUCCAGCGGCUGGAACGUCGAAGCCCUCAGCGAAGAACACGCACCCGACAGCCCGCUGGAGAAACGACGAGUAGAAAAUGCCGGCGGCGAGAUCAACUACCGCUCCGGCAUCGCCCGCAUCGGCGGCGUGAGCAUGUCGCGCGCCCUCGGCGAUUUAGACUACAAGAAACCGCGCGUGAACCGCCUAGCAGGCCACGACCUCUCCGACCUCAUCGGCGUAGAAACCGGUCUCGCACCAGGAAAAACCGCAGUCCACGACCUCGUCUCCAACAAAGCGCAUUUCACCACCCGCACCCUGCACGGCCAGUCGCUCAUCCUCCUCGCGUCUGACGGCGUGGGCUCGGCGAAGGAGGCGGAGGAGUGCACACGGCUGGCGGUGGAUGCGUGGCAAUCUGGAAAGGAAGCCAAGGAGAUUGCGGAGGAGUUGACGUCGAGGGAGGGGCAGAUGAAGGGCGCGGAUAAUUGUACUGUGCUUGUUGUUGUGCUGGAUACGGAGAGUAAGGGGAGGAGGAGUAUAGAUAGUGGGAGAAGGAGUAUGGAUAUUGGGAUGGAGGGGGGUGGGUCGAGGAGGAGGCGGAGGUCGAGUAUUGCUAGCUUGAAGGACUGGAUACGGGAUCGUUAG